AUUGCCUCUCCUAUGGACAGACGAAUGAACAACGAGACCUGCAGGCAGUGUAACCCGAUCUCAAUCUUGUUUUAACCACUUCGAACGCGCAAGCUCCGCGAAUCUCCCUAGAGUGAGGGAUUAUCCGUGGGAAAACUUCGGAUAGCCUAAGACACGUCGAACGCCGAUGAGGCCAUAGCGGAACCUGUUAGGCACUAUAAAAUAUUUCUUGGCGUUGGAGUUCCUGCGAUCUCCUCACCACUUCCCCUGCUAUUAAGACCAACCUCGGUACUUCCCUAGGAGAAUACCCUGGCCGAUCUAAUUACGUAUUGGCGCGGUUCUCCAUGUUCUCGUAGCACGAAUAUCCAUUGGGGAAACCGCAUUCAUUAGCCGGCCUGGGUUCAAUCUCCGCGUCACGAUGUAGAUCUUUGCGGGGACUCCACGCUCGGGGUCAUGAUACACCGGUACGAUACAGAAUAUGAUCUGGAUAGAUCGACCGGGGGCACCGAAGCUCGCUCGCGAUUUAUCCAUACACAUUCCGAGGUUGAAUAUGGGUCAAUAAUAUAAUAAAGGUGUAGCCUUAGCACCCAAAGACGCCAGCCAUGCCACAUUGUUUCGCCAGAGCGGCAAUUGAGUACUAGUAAAUCACUAGUAAACCACUAGCAUAAUGGCGGCAGUGACAGUCUCCCAGGUGUCUUUCGAACACCACCGUGAGGCUUUAGGUAUCGGUGAGGCCAAUCCACGCAUAUCAUGGCGAUUCGAGGGAAGCUUCCCAAACUGGACCCAGAGCGGAUAUAGUCUCGAACUAUCUCGGCAGUCGGAAGUUCAGCUAUUCCAUUAUAACUCUUCGGAUUCCAUCCUCGUACCAUGGCCUACCGUGUCAUUAUCGUCGGCGGAGUCUGCGACGGUUAGAGUGAGAGCGUACGGCGAAGGAGACCAGCCCGAUACCCCUUGGUCGGAUCCCUUCAACGUCGAAACAGGACUCCUCACCCAAGAGGACUGGUCAAAUGCAACGAUCAUAGCUGCCGACAAAGAGACCGAACAAAAUGCCCCACACCAGCCAGUACUUCUUCGAAAAGAAUUCUCGGUGGGCGGUGGUAUACAGAAAGCCAGACUGUAUAUCACUGCGCAAGGUAUAUAUGACGCUUGGAUAAAUGGCAAGAGGGUCGGCGAUCACGUACUCGCUCCGGGUUGGCAGUCGUAUAAGCAUCGGAUUGAGUACAACACCCACGACGUCACUGACCUUAUCCUCGAUGGAGAUAACGCGUUCGGAAUCCAAGUUGGCGAAGGGUGGUAUUCUGGUAGACUUGGAUAUAACGGAGGCGCUCGUAAUAUUUGGGGAGAUACUCUAGGUACCAUGGCCUUGUUGGUCAUUACCUCAGAAGACGGUACCUCGACGAAAAUCAUAACAGACAAAUCCUGGAGCGCGAGUACAGGAGCAAUCAUCACAUCCGAGAUCUACGACGGUGAGACAUAUGACUCAAGGCUGGAGCAACAGGGUUGGUCGGCCCCUAAUUUUACACCAAACACAACCGCAAGCUGGAUCGGUACAAAAGAGCUCGAGACUCCUUACAGCCAAUUAGCUGCUCCAGACGGACCCCCUAUUCGCCGUGUCGAAACAGUCGAAUUGAAAGAAAUACUCACGAGUCCGAGUGGCAAGACUAUCUUGGACUUCGGACAGAAUUUGGUAGGGUGGCUCAAGUUAACCGUCGCGGGCCCGGAAGGGACUAAGAUCAAAUUAACCCACGUCGAAGUUCUCGAGAAUGGAGAAAUCGCCACUCGACCUCUUAGGAACGCGACUCAGACCGACUACCUGACACUUUCCGGCAAGGGUACAGAAACCUGGGAACCGACCUUUACAUACCACGGAUUUCGCUUCGUCGAGGUGGAUGGCUGGCCAGAGGAAACGCCAUUGGAUGGCAAAUCCAUCACAGCGAUAGUCGUGCAUUCGGAUUUGGAAGAGACGGGAACCUUCGAGUGCUCCAAUGAACUUUUGAAUAAGCUACACAAGAAUGUACGUUGGAGCAUGAAAGGUAACUUCAUGAGUAUUCCAACCGACUGUCCCCAGAGAGACGAGCGACUAGGCUGGACAGGAGACGCUCACGCAUUUUCGCCGGCGGCAAAUUUUCUCAUGGAAACAUCUGGAUUUUGGCGAGCUUGGUUAAAGGAUUUCCACUCUGAACAAGUUAAUGGCGUGCCUCCGGUAGUUAUCCCGGGUGUAUCCGCAGCAGGAUCCGCGAUGGCGACGGCGAUUUGGGGAGACGGCAUCGUCGGCAUACCUUGGAACCUAUACCGCACUACCGGAGACUUGGUCGUCUUGAAAGAGCAGCUGGUCGGCGCAAAAGAAUGGAUCGAUCAGGGGAUCAAAAGAAAUGACGUCGGUCUAUGGAAUCGGUCAACUUUUCAAUUCGGCGACUGGCUCGAUCCCAAGGCUCCAGCCGACCAACCAGGAGCUGCCACCACAAAUUCGUCGUACGUUGCCGACACAUAUCUUAUCUACGUGACGGGGUUAGUUUCCAAAAUGGCAUCUGAGCUUGGUCUUGUCGACGACGAAUCCCAAUACGCAAAGUCGGUGGCGGACCUCACAACCGCCUUCUGGCAGGCAUGGCCUAAGGGUUCAAUUAACGAGACGCAGACCGGAUUAGUGCUACCUCUCUAUUUCGACCUUUACAAUAAUGACGACGAAGCAACUACCGCAGCUAGUCGACUGGAGAGCAUCAUCGCGGAUAAUAAUUACCUGGUUGGAACAGGAUUUGCCGGAACCCACAUCCUCGGUUCAACUCUCACCAAAUAUAAUAUGACCGACGUAUUCUACAACAUGAUACUCCAGACGACAGUCCCCUCGUGGCUUUUCCAAGUCGACAUGAAUGCCACUACCACGUGGGAGAGGUGGGACUCUCUCGAGCCGGACGGAUCGCUAAACCCUGGGGAGAUGACGUCGUUCAAUCACUACGCGGUCGGCUCGGUCGCGAACUGGAUGCAUACAACAAUCGGCGGAUUGGCACCGGCGCAGCCAGGCUGGAAAACGGCAGAGAUCGCUCCACACCCCGGCGGUAACUUGACGUCGGCAAAGGCCAGCUACCUGAGCCCGUACGGGUUGUUCAAAACUGACUGGUCCGUCGACGAUACCGGAUUUCACCUGAGCGUCGAUGUUCCGCCUAAUGCAAAUGCCGAAGUGACGUUGCCAGGUAGUAAGAAAGUGCUACAACUUGGCAGCGGAACCUACGAAAUUUCUGAUCCAGAGUUCCGUUAUUGA